GUGAGCAAUUCCUAUGUGCCAAAGACUACCCAAGGCUCUUUUUUGUAUGUUGUAUUAAAUCUCACAACAGCCCUGAAAGAUAAGGCAGGACCACGGUUCUAGCCACACAUUUUAUCUCUCAGUCAGCCCCAGAUAUCCGCAAAAAAUUAAAGAAAGUCGAGGAAGGCCCUCAGACCCCCAUUUCUGACCUAGUGAGAAUGGCAUUUAAGGUCUUUAACUCCCGUGAGGAAGCCGCAGAGCUGAAGCGACAGGCCAGACUCCAGCAGAAGGUUCAGCUACAAACCCAGGCCUUGGUAGCAGCCCUGCGGCCGGCCGGCUCCAGGAGCCAGCAGAAAGGGGGAACCACCCGCACCCCUCCGGGGGCCUGCUUCAAAUGCGGGGCUGAAGGCCAUUGGGCCCGUCAGUGCCCCACCCCGAGGGCACCAACCCGACCAUGCCCUCUCUGCCAUUUGAUGGGCCACUGGAAAUCCGACUGCCCUAGCCUCAGGGAAUCCUCGGCGCCUCAACGCGGGGGAAGACCCGAGACGAUGGCAGCUCCUUCCUGGCUGCGGAUGGUCGGAGACACGCCGCCUAUGCUGUAGUCACCCCAGAGACGGUAGUGGAGACAGUCCCCCUCCCAAUUGGGACUACUUCCCAAAAGGCUGAACUUAUAGCUCUCACCAGGGCUCUACAUCUAUCUAAGGGACAACGAGUCACCAUCUACACCGACUCAAAAUAUGCCUAUCUCAUCGUUCAUACUCAUUCCGUCCUCUGGCAGGAGCGGGGAUUUUUAACCACCAAGGGGACGCCUAUAGUAAAUGGACCUCUCAUUGCCAAAUUGCUUGAGGCCCUUAGUCUGCCCACUGAGGUUGCAAUCGUUCACUGUAGGGGCCAUCAGACUUCUAAAGACAUGGUCUCCAUAGGAAAUAAUAAGGCCUACUCAGUGGCCAGGGAAACGGCCUUAAGUAACCCAAUAUCUCCCAUCCUCUUCCUUAAUACCCCUCAUCGACCUUCCUACUCUAUAAAGGAGACUCAAGCCCUCCAGGCCCUGGGAGGAAAGGCAGAAAGUAAAGGAUGGAUUUACAUCCGAGGGAAGAUUGCCCUCCCAGAAAACCUGGCCCAUACCCUAAUUACUGAUAUCCACCAAUCUCUCCAUAUUGGCCCAAGGGCACUGAACCAGUUUCUCCAGCCCCUGUUUUACUAUCCAUCCCUACCUAAGGUGAUUGAGGCUGUCCAUAGGGCUUGUAAAACCUGCUCGGCCGUAAAUGCACAGGGAGGAAUCCGCAGGCCGGGGCCUAACCAUCAGCUCUGAGGCCAUCAGCCCGGUGAAGACUGGCAGCUGGACUUCACUCACAUGCCCCGCCAUAAAGCCUUUCGUUAUCUACUGACUUUGGUUGAUACUUUUACAGGAUGGAUUGAGGCAUACCCCACAGCCAGAGAGACUGCAGAUGUGGUGGCCACAAUCCUCAUCGAGCACAUCAUCCCGAGGUUUGGGUUACCCCGGACCCUACAGUCAGACAACGGGCCGGCAUUUAUCUCCAGUGUGACCCAACAGGUGGCCGAGAGCCUCAACAUUACCUGGAAGCUGCACAUCCCCUACCACCCUCAGUCUUCGGGUAAGGUGGAAAGGGCCAACGGGCUACUUAAGGCUCAACUCACUAAACUUACCCUGGAGACUCGCCUGUUGUGGCCCACACUGUUACCUAUAGCUCUCACCAGACUCUGGGCAUCCCCCCGAGGACCAUCAGGUUUGAGUCCCUUUGAGUUACUGUACGGUCGGCCCUUCCUUAUCAACCACAACCUCCCGGCCAUUCCUCCACCUCUUUUAUCCUAUCUGCCUUAACUUACCCUCCUCCUGGCCCUCUUGAGAGCCCAUGCCGAUGCUGUCAUUCCGGCCCCGACCGACAAUGCCUCCGAGGAAGCCUCUCCACGAGACUUAUCCCCAGGGGACCAGGUCCUUCUCAGAAAUCUGCAGCCUGGCUCCCUGCAGACCCGAUGGACCAGACCUCACACGGUCAUCCUCACCACCCCAACCGCGGCAAAAUUGCUGGGACAUACGGCAUGGGUGCACAUCAACAACCUUAAACGGGCACCCACAGGUAUCGAAUGGACCUCCCAGAUGGUGGGACCCACCAAACUCCGCCUGGCUAGGGCUCCUUCUCAUACUUCUCCUGAGCCCCCCGAUCCAAGCGGUAGAAUGUGAUUGCAUGAAAGGCAGCGGUACCUCGCGCUACUUUUCAUCUUAUACCCACAUGCCCAGAACUUGUUACUCAGGGAAGACACCCAUCACCUGUACUUCAAGACAUGUCGAAGGAACCUUUUGGAUGUCUAAACUUUCUCAAACCAACCGAUCCCCUUGCAGCCGGAACCCCAAGACUGGUAUGGUUACUUCUAAAGUUAAAGAACUCAGAGACCGAAUCCAGACCAGGUGCCAGGGCUCGUCUUUCUGGGGCCUAGACCCCCACACUUGGGUAACAUGGCUACUCCCUUUGGCGGGACCCCUAUGCCUAAUCCUUCUUCUCAUCUCUGUCGCCCCUUGCUUGUUUCGAUGUUUAUAGGAACACCUGCAAGAACUCACCCGGGUAUCUGUCAACCAACUUUUACUUCACCCAUACUCUGGCCUGCCCACAUCCGACUAUCCCUACAACGACGCCCCACCGUCAGCAGGAAGUAGCCAGAGCAGAGUCGACGCCCCCGACACCAUUAUAUAAAACAAAAGGUCGGAAUGUUGGGGCCAGGCGGGAAGGGAAACUCCUCAAGAUGGCGGAUACGCCAAAAUGGCUGAGGUUCCUGUCACCACCUCCACUUGGGACGACAGCUUGA